GCCACCAACCCCUCCUCUCCUUGCUUAUGAAAGCUCUUGCUAAAAUAACGUUCAGGAAGUCUGCGCUUUUUACGCUAAUAACACAAGCCAGCCCAGCACGCACAGAAAUACAAACACACUGAUCCUUGCGGCUGUUUGAAGUCAAGUUAAAUCUCAAGCUAAGUGAGGAAGGCGACAGAGAGACAACAGAGAGUGCUGCUGCUGCUGUGACGGGUCAGAUUGACUGGACUGGACGGGACGGGGCAGGAGAGUCUUUUCGGAUAUUUGUGGAGCAGAAACGACAAGACAAGCAGCCAUGCCGCGGUCGUUCCUGGUAAAGAGCAAGAAAGCGCACAGCUACCACCAGCCGCGUUCGCUCGAGGACGACUACAGUAGACUGGACACCAUCCUCGCGCACAUAUGUGCAGAGAGCAAAGUCCCGGAAGAGUCCGAGUGUUGUGGUGAUGUGCUGUCUGGAAACACUACAAGAGUCUUCUCUCCUGAGUCUCACCUGGUGGACACGGCGGACCGCUCCUCCAAGUCGCCGCUGAGCUGUGGGGGCAGCGUGUGUGGCCGCUCCUCCGACUAUGAGGACUACUGGCGCCCGCCCUCGCCCUCCGCAUCCCCCGAUUCCGACAAGUCGUUCUCGCCAUCAGUGGAUGAGACCCAGCCUUUCGAGGUACCCUUCCGGCCGUAUGCCUGGAAUAACUACACCGGUUCCGACCUCCGUCACCUGGUGCAGCAGUCCUACCACCACCCACUGGACCUGGAGCGGGGCUCAUCACUGUCUUACUACGGGGACAGGGUCAUCGACGCCUCGCUCUAUUCAGAGAGGGGGUCCGGAGCUGGAGGAUACGGCUCUUACAGCUCAACUGCUGGACUUUACGACAGGAGCCAGGCCAACGGAUUAUACUCCGACAGCAGCAUCCAUGGCAAAGUGCAGGACAUCAAGUCUGAGACGGACAUCUGCAGUCGACUGAUGCUCAACGGCGCCUUCAAGUGCAUCAAGUGUAGCAAGGUGUUCUCUACCCCUCACGGACUCGAGGUGCACGUGAGGAGAUCUCACAGUGGGACUCGACCCUUCGCUUGCGAGAUCUGCGGGAAAACCUUUGGGCACGCGGUUAGCCUGGAACAACACAAAGCCGUUCACUCACAGGAAAGAAGCUUCGACUGCAAGAUAUGCGGCAAAAGUUUCAAAAGGUCGUCGACGCUCUCUACCCACCUCCUGAUCCACUCGGACACGCGGCCCUAUCCAUGCCAGUACUGUGGGAAGAGAUUCCAUCAGAAAUCCGACAUGAAAAAGCACACGUUUAUUCACACAGGUGAAAAGCCCCACAAAUGCCAGGUGUGUGGCAAGGCCUUCAGCCAGAGCUCCAACCUCAUCACCCAUAGUCGCAAGCACACCGGCUUCAAGCCCUUCGGCUGCGACAUGUGCGGGAAAGGCUUCCAGCGCAAGGUCGACUUGAGGAGACACAAGGAGACACAGCACGGACUAAAAUGACUGAAGUGACCGCCCUCCCAUAUCUCGCAAAACCAGCACAUAUCAAGAUGCACACAGGCCUGCCGCACCACCCCAAACACUAUAGGGAAGCUACUGAAGAGGAAUAUCCUAUCCACCGGCACCACGGCUUUAUUUAGCCUAUGCCUCAGAACUGUUAGCCUACAUCAUUUUAGGUUCUCUCUUUCUUUCUUUUUUCUUUUUUUUUUUUUUACCCCCGAUCACAGAUGAAUGUAACUCGGACCAGUUCGGUGCAGUUCAUGUAAAUAAGCGUCUUUCGUCCCCGAGGGAACUCUCAUGAAACCCAAAAUAUUGUGACCAAAAUAAUGACAAAGCAGACAUCUUUGUGAAAUCAACGGAGAAAUCUGCGCCUCUCACAAGAAUGUCACUUUGUGAGAGAAAGAUGCUGGCAAAACAAAGCAAAGCGUUUUAGCGGGCACUGAGUGUGAUUUCAUGAAGGACUGGUUUCUGAGCCUUUUGCUCUGUCCUGCGCAGGCUCAGUAGGCCUAUCCCCCGUUUCCCUUUAUUAUUAUUUACUGAGAGACGGUUCUAUCCUUUUUUUUAAUCAAAUUUGCACAUGCGUAAUUUAUAUUGACGAGAUCCUGUCGUCUCGUCUGAUUGUAGUAAGUUCAAAUGUUGUAUACUACAGUGUUUGUUCUUAAAUUAUUUAU